UCAAGCUCUUCACUCCACACCACCUCAAAAGCAAAACCCUAGUGCCUCUGGUCUCCCAAGUCAUCAGCCAGCCGCCCCAUCUGUGCUCGCAGAUCUACCAGUUGUUGAUUUUGUGUUCAGCUUGCACUAGCAGAAAUGGUGCGCGUCAGCGUUUUGAAUGACGCUCUGAAGAGCAUGUACAACGCCGAGAAGAGGGGGAAGCGACAAGUCAUGAUCAGGCCAUCAUCGAAGGUCAUCAUCAAGUUCCUUUUGGUUAUGCAAAAGCACGGUUAUAUUGGCGAGUUUGAGUAUGUUGAUGACCACAGAGCUGGAAAGAUUGUGGUUGAACUCAAUGGGAGGCUGAACAAGUGUGGAGUUAUCAGUCCUCGAUUCGAUGUCGGUGUUAAGGAGAUCGAAGGCUGGACUGCUAGGCUUCUGCCUUCUAGACAGUUUGGAUACAUUGUGCUGACAACAUCUGCUGGUAUCAUGGAUCAUGAAGAAGCUAGGAGAAAGAAUGUUGGUGGCAAAGUCCUUGGUUUCUUUUAUUGAGCAGAGUCUCAAGCACAUCGUUAGGAUCUUUUGUGAAAUUUUGGUUUUAUUUAAUUUGUUUUGCCAAAAGAAGAGAACCCUUUUUCUUACCAAUGCUGGUUUGAAAAGUUUCUUGUACUAGGAUAUUAGUUCUAUGUUUUGUUUUGUUUUGAUUGACUGUCAUGUUCUUGCAACCGUGAAUGUUAAAGUGACUUGGUAUUGAGCAGAAAUGGUAACUUGGAAAGUUUUGUUCGA